CUACCGUAAAGUGACAUGGAUCGAUUGGGCGGGAAAUCCACUCUAGCUUUGUACACUCUCCUGGAUCCGUCACGUUACGACAUGUGCACAUGCCUGUGUUGUAGCGACGGAAAGCGGAAGACUAGCACGUAACAUUUUCUUCGCGGCCAUACAUUUAUGCCGCGGGUAGAGUGACGGGGCGAUGUUUAGACAACCUACUCUGUAUCCCGGGCCCUUACAGUGAUAGGAGCUCACCUGGGGUCACCUGUCACUUGUACGAAAGGUGUGAAUAAGGGCAGGUGACAUUAUCGUGCGACAUGUUUGCUUAAUCUGACGACUGAUACACUCCGUUUGUGUUCGUGCAGAAUCGGAGACGGGACCAGACAUGACGGGGGUGAUGAACACCGCCGUCUCGACGCUACUGAGUCGACGCCAGAAACUUCGCCAGAUCAGGUACAACUGACAUGAGUCGUCUUCUAGGGGAUGCUGUGACCUCUGGAUCCAAGAUGGCGGCCUCCGGAGGCGGCGUCGAAUACAAGCCCAAGUCGAAGUCAUUCGACUAUCAGAUGUGCAAGAAGGUUGCCGAACUGACGCAGGUGGUACACAUGUUGUUCACGCGCUGUCAUCAGAGAGAAGUGGAGAUAGACGCGCUGAAACAUGCGUACGAAGAAGAGAUAACCUCGGUUAUCGAGGACGCCAAGGCCCGGAUAGCCAGACUAGAACAGGCUAUGGACAUCAUGAAACGGCGCGACGCUUCCGACACCAACAGGGAGGUCAGUAAAGUUAGAGAGGAACUUUUAAAACAAUUAAAGGAGCAAGAGGAGGAGUACGAAAAGAAGCUCAAGGAACGAGACUCGCAAAUAGAAGACGAGAAAAUGGAAAACACGAGACUGUCAACUCUUCUAAAACAGUCUGAGACUGAGCUGGCAAAGUUACGGGAAGGAAAAACGAACGAGAGCUCAGCUAGAAGUAAGGAGCUCGAAGAGUUGAAAGCUGAAAUCGCUCAACUACAAGACCUGAAAAGUGAGUUAACUAAAAACCUCGAAGGCAGCGAGGCCAUUAUCGGAGACUUAAGCAAGCAAUUGGAAGCAAUAGUUGAAGAGCACACAACGCGGACAAAAGAGUUAGAGGAGUUGAAAGAAAGCCUUUUGGAAACACAGCAAAUAAAGGACAAGCUGUACACAAAGAACAAGCAGUUGGAAAAGGAGAUUGAGAGACUGAGAAGUCAGCUGGGUAAGCGGGUGACACGGGAAAGCAGCAGUGCCCAGGGGAAUGGCCGAUCGGACACUGCCCAGUCUGUCCGGAGACCGGACACUUCACAGUCAGUGAGAAGACCGGACACCUCUCAGUCCACUAGAUCCACCUGUUCACCGUCCAGGGUCACCUUUUGGGACCAGAGGUGCGAGGUUGACCGGCUGAGGGACGAGGUGGAAAGAUAUCGACUGGAACUUAUAAACAGAGAGGGGAAUUUUAACCGCACGUUCUCGGAGUUCCAGCCGGUGUACGUGGAUCCGCGCUCCGCUAGCCGACUCCGCAGCGACUCGCCGGCGACGCUCCGGAUCCGGAGUUCUCACCAGAGGAGAGACAACAACCAGCGGCAUAACGGAUACCAUGACAGGCCCAACACGGUCCACAGCAGUCAGCGCCUGCCGUUCUUCUCCCUUCAGCCCGAGGACCAGAACGGCAGCGCCGCCUCGCGGAGUUAUCCGGGACUGUCUCAAAUCAGACACCAGGUCGCCGCGCCAAAGACAAGACCGCUUGGCUAUAAACUUCUUACGGGAAAAGUUAUCAGUGACGUGAUGACAACAGACUGAAUGGUUAUAUUGACAUGUAUGGAAAGGUCUUGCAAGCCUUCGACUCAAUGGUGGUUGCGACCAGACAUGUAAUGUUGCCGUAUUCCUUUUAUCUUCAUUUUCCAAACGGUAGUACAUGUAUUUUGAAAAGGGAGGGUUCUGUAUAUAGAAUAUGCAGAACAGUUCGUAAUAUAUGGUGCACGGGCUAAGGUA